AUGACUCGGCAUCGAUGGUCUUCCUGGCUGAUCGCAAUUAUCUCGUUAGGCUCGUUCCAUCGUACGCACGCAGCGAAUUGGGCCCAGGUCAGCGGCGCGAAACACACGAAUGCCGCGGUGAGAGAAAUCACCCCCUGGACAAGUCGCCACGGCCAUGCAGUGGCAGCUUUGGACUUCAGUGACGACUACGUGCGCUCUACAGGGCAAAAGGCGAGACUAUUCGUGCUGGGAGGAGACUCCAAUGUGCAGGGCUCCCAAGAUCUACGCGCAUACCCGGGUGGAGGUGCCAUGCGCAACGACGUGUGGAGUACAACGGGGCCGACCUGGAACGUCCAGACGAAUAUCCUCAAGACUACGAAGUGGGGAGAUCCGCUGCCCCAAAUCGUGGCGAAUGUAACCUGGCUGCAGACGAAUAACGGGAAGCGUCCUCCGCGAGGCAUCACUUACUCCGAGUGGAUUUCAUGCGCUGCAGCGGCCUGGGCAGUCAAUCCACCCUCGGGAUGCGACGACCCCACAAAACCUCCUGGAGCUUACCUCGCAGAUAAUAUGUUCUCUCCACGACGGAACUUCGUGGCACUCGCCUUCCAGAACGAGUUGUUCGUAUUCGGGGGUCGGGCGCGUGAGCAUUUUCCAGUCCCUCAGUCACAGCUACGCGGUGGUACGGGGCCUGGCACCAUGGCUCCAGUCAAUGUCCGCUGGCUCGAGUUCGCCGUGCUGAAGAACGACGUGUGGCGCAGUAGUGACUCUGGUUCCUCGUGGAAACUGGUGACUCCAGGAUGCGCUUACCCUCAACGUUCUCUGGUGCACAAGGCCACACGCCCGGAGCUACAGUGUGAAGAUGACGAUCAGUGCGAGGGCGACGCAUCGUGUCAAGUGGAUGAAGCUACGGCGACGGGAUUCUGCGUCUGCAAUAUGUGGUCACCACGUGAAUUCCACGCUGUGACAGUGUUCGAUGACGCCUUGUAUCUGUCCGGAGGCUACGCGCUCGUCGAGUUGGGGAACUGUGGUGUCGAAGAAAACGCUCGAAAGCGUCCGUCCGGCGAGGAAUUCGCAUGCGGUGGCGGCUAUCGAUCCUACCUGAACGAUAUCUGGAUGUCCACGGACGGCCAGCACUGGAAGAUGCUCACGCGUCAUGCCGAGUUCUCGCCUCGUGGGGAGCACUCGUUGGUGGUCUUCAAGUCGCUGCUCUACAUCCUCGGUGGACGGACCGGUGCCUCGCAAACCAAGGAGGGGACUGGAGAAGCGGAGACGGAGCUACUGAACGACGUGUGGGUGAGUGCUACGGGGUCUACGUGGACCCAAGUGACGGAGGCGGCACCUUGGACGCCACGAGCGAAGCACGUGGGACUCGUUCUACCUGGUGCGCCUGACCAAACUUCAGGCGACGAUCCGGACGACCAGCUCAUCUUGAUGUUUGGCGAGGAUGCAGAGCGGACGCUGGAGGACGUUUGGGUCUGGAAGGGAGGGGACACCGACUGGAUCAAAGACUAUUCAUCGGACACUGCGUUCGCUGAAUAUGUACGUCCAACCAGCGAUGUGUCCUAUCUCCGAACGAUGGUGGACGCGGACGCAGUGGCACUAGGAGUGGCUGGGGUCAACACGAUCAUGGACCUCACCAGCCUGUCGUUCGACCAAACACUCGCUUUACGACAACUCAUGCCUGUGUGUGACUACAUCGCCCUGGCUGAGCUGGUGGUGGAGCAAUGCACUGUACAGCCAACAGAGUACGAAGGAGCCGAAUACGCCAAUGUGAAGGUGAUUCAAGGAGCCAACGGCGACGCAGAGGCGGCAGCAGCUCAAACUACGACAACCGAGGAUGAGACGAACUGGGACGGCUGCUCUCAUAUUGGCUCAAAGGUGACGGACGCAACAACUGGCCGUCUCCGCUGGGCUGACGUCCUCGGAGUCGAUCAGGUUCAAGUCCUUCGUGACGUAUUCGUCGACGCCCAGGAGAGCAUCUGCCAGUGGAGACCCAAGCCGCGCUCUGGCCAUGCCGGCGCCAUCUUCCAGCGCCGUGUCCUUCUCCUUGGUGGUCUCACAGCUCCAGAUUACUACGACAACGACGUCUGGUACCGCGAUGCGCGUCGUCCGCGCGCUCAGUUCACGUUGGUGCCCUCGAGUGGCAGCUCCGAUACGGUGUUCAAGUUCGAGAGCGACAAACCGUACUGCGUGUUCGAGUACUAUUUACUCGACACGGUAGAGCAGCUCGUCGUACGCAACUGGACCCUCACUUUAGGCGAGGUGGACUUCGAAAGCUGGCUGGACUCGGGCACCUUCCGAAUGCGCGUUCGAGCGCGAGACCCUGCUGGCAACGUGGAUGAGACGUUUGAGGAUGGUCGCAAUGAGCACACUUGGGUUUACGAGCGCCCGCUGCCUUGGGGCCUCAUCAUAGGUCUCUCUAGUGUAGGUUUUGUCCUGCUCGCAGGCUUCUUGAUGGAGUGGCGAAAGCGCCGCAAACGCGCAGCCAUGGAGCGCUACGCCAUGAAGCGCAUGCGCCGCAAGCUAAAGAAGAAGAACGCAGCCGUCGCCAUCGCAAAGGAGGGCGACCCGAAUUGGCGCGAGACGUACGACGACGCCAAGGACGGCAAGAAGGGCAAGAAAGGCAAGAAGACCGCGGCUAAGAGGAAGCCCACGACGGCCAAGGACAAGAAGGACAAGGGCAAGAGCAGCAAGGCCGCAGCCAAAGCCAAAGGGAAGGACAUGGCGAAGGAAAAGAAGGGCAAGACCAAGUCUGGGCCAAAGGAUGAUAAGAAGAAGACAACGAAGAAGGAGGCAGUGAAGAAGACUACCAAGAGCAAGACGGCGGACUCCAAAGCUAAACCCAAGACCAAGGACGCUGCAGCCAAGAAGAAGACGAAGGAUAGCACGAAGACGGCCGAGAAGCGAGCGAGCAAAGCAGGCGCAAAGGACAAGAAGAAACCCUCAAGCGACAAGAAUAAGAAAACUGACAAGAAGAAGACCAAGUAA